AUGUCGAAACAGUUGUUUGUAGAGCAGCUGCACACGGAAAGCUCCCCGUUGGUGAAAGUGGCGAUUGGGCUUCUUGCUGGACUUGUCUCAUCGCUCAUUUAUCGAUGGAACCGUCAUGCGGCAUCCCAAGAUGCCUUGGCAUAUGCUGCCAUGAUUCGGCAACAACAAGAGGCAGCAGUGGAACAGAAGCAACAACAAAUGGACACUCAUCAGAAGGAAACUGACGGUGAAACGGAAGCGCCGGACAGUAGGGAAAGUGUCAGUUCAGAUGCAAGAGUAUACCCAGCGCUACCUGCAAGUGACGGCAGCGAUACCAUUGAGGACAUUAAUAAUAUACAAGCAGAAGAAGAGGUAGACGACGAAAAGGAAAGCAGCACCACAGCCAAGAACCAAGAAAAAGCUCAGCCAGCCGACGAUGAUGACACCAAUGCCAUUGAUCUGGCCGAUUUCCAAAGCAACAGCAACCAAUGGAGAUGCGCCUGUGAAGGUGGGUUCCUCCCUCCUGGCAUGCUUUCGUCAUUAGGAGGAGCAGAGGCUGUGUUUCGCAUGGGGACAGGACAGUGCUACCACAAGCAAGCUUGA